AUGUCUAAUAUUGCACCCACCGUCGCGAGGCAGGCCCUCCGCAUUGCUUCGCGCCGAUACCCCUCUUCCACAUUCUCGCGCUUUGGCCCGCGAGCUGUCGCCGGCCAGGCCAACGGACGGCGAAAUUAUGUCUCCGAGACGAAGCCUUCGAAGGCAACGGUCCAUGUCGACACCACCAUCAAGGCCGAGCGAAAGGCAUUCCUAGACCAAACUGGAGAGCGAGCACAAGAUGCCACAAUGCCAACGACAGGACUUGGCGCCGAUGCCAUGAUGAGCCCAUCGGCUGGAAUUUUGAAGCAAGCUUCGGUGAUGGACCAAGGCUCGCGGCCAAUCUACCUCGACAUGCAAGCCACCACACCAAUGGACCCCCGCGUGGUCGACGCGAUGAUGCCCUUCAUGACCGGCCUUUACGGCAACCCACAUUCGCGGACCCACGCCUAUGGUUGGGAGACAGACAAGGGCGUGGAGGAUUCACGAGAGCAUAUUGCCAACCUCAUUGGCGCCGACCCCAAGGAGAUCAUCUUCACCAGCGGCGCUACAGAGAGCAACAACAUGAGCAUCAAGGGCGUGGCGCGCUUCUUCGGCCGAGCGGGCAAGAAGAGGCACAUCAUCACUUGCCAGACCGAGCACAAGUGCGUGCUCGACAGCUGUAGGCAUCUUCAAGACGAGGGCUUCGACAUCACGUACCUCCCCGUGCAGAACAAUGGCCUCGUCGACAUGGCCCAGCUUGAGGCGGCGAUUCGGCCCGACACCAUGCUUGUUAGCAUCAUGACCGUCAACAACGAGAUUGGUGUCGUACAACCAGUAGAAGAGAUUGGACGACUGUGCCGGUCGAAAAAAGUCUUCUUCCAUACCGAUGCCGCACAGGCAGUUGGAAAGAUCCCCGUCGAUGUUAACAAGUGGAAUGUCGACUUGAUGUCGAUAUCCGGCCACAAGAUUUACGGACCCAAGGGCAUUGGAGCCUGUUACGUCCGUCGAAGGCCACGAGUGAGACUUGACCCCAUCAUCAGUGGCGGUGGUCAGGAGCGAGGUCUCCGCAGUGGCACCCUUGCGCCUCCGCUCGCUAUUGGCAUGGGAGAAGCCGCCCGGAUAUGCAAAGAGGAGAUGGAGUAUGAUACAAAGCGCAUCUCUGCGCUGUCGAAUCGCCUGCUCACGGGCCUGCUCUCCAUGGAGCACACCACCUUGAACGGCGACCGAGAGCGCCAUUAUCCUGGAUGCGUGAACGUCUCGUUUGCCUACGUUGAGGGGGAGUCGCUGCUCAUGGCACUGAAGGACAUUGCACUAUCAUCGGGCAGUGCUUGUACGUCGGCUUCGCUUGAACCCAGCUACGUGCUGCGUGCACUUGGUAGCAGUGAUGAAAGCGCACACAGCAGCAUCCGAUUUGGCAUCGGCCGAUUCACCACGGACGAAGAAAUUGACUACGUCCUGAAGGCAGUGCAGGAGCGUGUGUCGUUCUUGCGAGAACUGAGCCCGCUGUGGGAGCUGGUGCAGGAGGGUGUAGAUCUCAACACCAUCGAAUGGAGCCAGCACUAA